AGGAAGUGGGCAGAGUCGAAGCAGGAAUGCCGAUCCGAGCUUAACAUUAUAAGCGACCGUCUUUACUCGAUCGGUCGACCGUUUUUCACAUUUAACACUCAGGUUAAACACUUGUGUGGCUUUCUGACCGAUCGAGUAGGCGCUUUUCUCCGGAUUUGGGUGUUCGUUUGGGUUUUUUUUUUGCAGCAGCCAGAUAUGACUUCUCUCACGCAGAGGUCCUCGGGCCUCGUCCAGCGGAGGACCGAGGCUAUCCGCAGCGCCGCCGCCGACAAGGAGAGGGACUCCGACGGGGAGGAGGACGAGGCGCGCCGCGGGGAGGAGGAGGAAGAAGAAAAGGGGGACUCGAAGGAAACUAGACUCACAUUGAUGGAGGAAGUGUUGCUCUUGGGCCUCAAGGAUCGAGAGGGUUACACGUCUUUCUGGAACGACUGUAUUUCCUCCGGUCUUCGUGGGUGUAUGCUGGUGGAGCUGGCCCUCAGAGGGAGGCUACAGCUGGAGGCCUGCGGUGUGAGGAGGAAAAGCCUGCUCUCAAGGAAGGUGAUCUGCAAGUCGGAUGCCCCGACGGGAGAUGUAUUACUGGAUGAGGCCUUGAAGCACAUUAAAGAAACCCAGCCGCCAGAGACAGUUCAGAGCUGGAUAGAGCUUCUGAGUGGAGAGACCUGGAAUCCCCUGAAGCUGCACUACCAGCUGAGGAACGUCCGAGAACGUCUGGCAAAAAACCUGGUGGAGAAAGGCGUUCUCACCACAGAGAAACAGAACUUCCUGCUCUUUGACAUGACCACACAUCCGCUCACCAACAAUAACAUUAAACAGCGCCUCGUCAAGAAGGUCCAGGAAUCCGUUUUGGAAAAGUGGGUCAACGAUCCCAACCGCAUGGACAAGCGGGUUCUGGCCCUGAUCCUCCUGGCCCACUCAUCCGACGUCCUUGAGAAUGCCUUCGCCCCACUCCAAGACGACCAGUACGACCUGGGCAUGAAGAGAGUCCACACCUUGCUAGAGCUGGAGCCAGAGAAAGAGAGUGCAAAGCCCAACGCCAAUGAACUAAUGUGGGCUGUGGUAGCCGCAUUCACCAAAUGAAAAAAAAUCCCUGAUUCGGUUGGACUGGAAGAUCUGGCUAUGGUCUGUUAUUUAAUUGGUUGAAGGACUUCACUCUAUUGAGACAAUCUAUUUUGGUUGGGGAGCUUGUUUUGUACAUCUAUAUCUGGAUGACAUUUUGGCGGUAGUCCAUAUUAACCCAGUGCAAUCUGAUUGGUGGUGGGCCUCACCAAGUAACUUUUGGUUGGUUGGAAUGGUCUCUAAAUGACAAAUGACUGGCCGCUCUCACACAGGGAGGUAAGUUAUCUACCGCUGCGAGACCGGAUAUACUUAUAAAAACAUCAACACUACAAACAGACGGGCUUCUGUUAUGUUAGAUGACAUCAAAGAACAAAGCAGGUGGCAGCAGUAGUCAUGGUGAAUAUGAAGAUUUUGACUGGGGCCAAGUUUUCCCUUCUACACACAGGAAACAUCAUCUCUCCGUUACUGCAAGAUCAGGCCAGAAUCAAAACCCUGGUCUCAUCUCCACACACACACUCUCUCUCUCUCUCUCUCUCUCUCUCUCUCUCUCUCUCUCUCUGUCACACGCAUAUGCAAGGAUAAAGGAUAGCAAAUCACACGGUUGAUGGUCUCCUGCUUCCACGUGUUCGUUCCCGACUUGCAUCGGGAGUACACGCUGAGGGUCACAGUGAGAAUAGACUGUCUGAAUGUCUUAUUAUUCAUUUAUCUCUCCUCUUUCUCUUUUGAAUCCUCCUUUUUUUCUUCUUCACUUCAAUUUUUGAAGAGGAAAGAGAGGACCCAAAUCAACACAGGGGUUCAGUCGCUGCAUCAUCGAGCGCGAGCCGGAUAAUUUGGCCCUUUUUAUAGACCUGAAUGAAGAAUAUAAAACUUGAGUCUAACAAAACUCUUAAUUAGUUUCCUGUUUCUGCAACGGUCCAGUCUGUGCGACCAGUCUUCCAUUUGUACUUAUGUUGCUAAUCAAUGCUUGGGAGUAGCCUGCCAUUUAUCAACUAUUUUGCACAGUCAAUAGCCCUGUAUGUAGGAUGAUAUUUAUAGGGAUUUUUUUGUUUGUUUGUUUUGUUUGUGAAGAUGAGGUUGAAAAAUGAUAAACUUUAGCAACCACAGUAUAAAUAUCUCACACUUCGUCUACAGCUAUUGAUCUUGAUGAAUACUUAAAAAUCAUUCCUCUGGACAUGUAGAAAAAACUUCUGCUCACGAUUACCAAGCGGAGCUGAGAUGUUUAAAAAAGAAAAAAAAAUACAGUUAUCUAAUCUGCUCCAAUUUGAAUCUCUGUGUAAAGAGCCUGCACAAGAUUUACAGUAUGAUCAUUAGUGGUCACUUAGACUUUACAAGCAGGCUGGGAAAUUAGGUGAAGUUAGGCAAAUAGGCUGGUUUCACUUCAGAAAAUGUUACAGGGUUGAUUCACCCAAAUCAUAUAAAGAAAACACAUUUUCUCAGCCCUGAUGAUAUUGAUUCAUUGAUCUAGGUUUUGAGAUAUUUGCCUGCAUCUUUAAAACAAUGAGAGUGAAAGGAAUUUCCUUUUUUUAAGAUGCUCAUCAGCAGGAAAGCAUUCAGAAGGAACAUUUCUUUCCAGUCAGUUUUCCAGUUACUGAAUAAAAAGCAAACCGCAGUGCGAACAGCUUUUCAAUUGAGCAGCCUGAAGAAAUGAUAAAAACUGAUAAUGACGUGUGGUUUAUAUGACCAGAACAGAAAGAGGUUAGUGAGAAAAUGUAUAUAUUUUUAUUUUCUUUGGGUGAACCAUUCCUUUACGUUUCCCUCUUGCAGUAUAAUGUAUCUCUUAUUUUGUACGUCAUGUCAUCAUUGAGUGUUAUUUCUAUGUUGUACUGUUUCAUCAUACAUGCAGAUGAUGGGAGGGAUACCUGGGCCCCAGGUGAAUCCUCUUUAAAGAGUGAAACAGUUCGACAACGACGCACAUCCAUUGAAACAAGAAAAAAAAAAGGAUCUCCAAACAUGCUUUUAGCGCAGGUGUAAGAAAACUUGUGUUUCAAUGUGAAAUUACGUCUGUGAGCAUCAUUUUGGUCUCAUCUACGUAUGAAGUUACGUCACCUAUUGUUUCAUGGCAUACUUAAAAGUUAUGUCCUUUUUUUUGUACCUACAAGAGAAAAAAAAACCUACAGGUAUGAAGAAAUGUUGACAUCUGUUUACAGCAAAGAGACCAUGCAUGCUAUUGGUGGAGGGCCGGGAUACUUGUGGAUUUAGCUGCAGAGAAAAGGCUUGUAUGUAAUUAUUAGUCAUUUUAUGUGUACGAUCUAAUGGAAUUCAAUGAAAGGGAUCUUCUCUCCUAUCCUCUAUAAUUCUGUAUGCUUUUGUAUUACCACACAAAAUAAAGUAAGGAUCCUUUAAGUGCCUGAAUUUAGAA